AUGAGCUCUAGAAAACCACUUAAGGGUUUCGUUAUAUGUUGUACUAAUAUUGAGUUAAAUAAACGCACGGAGAUUUCAACUAAAGCGAUUAAGCUUGGCGCCACCUACAAAUCCGAUUUGACGAAAGAUGUAACUCAUUUAAUUGCUGGUGACUUUGAUACCCCCAAGUAUAAGUUUGCUGCAAAAUCUAGACCAGAUAUGAAAAUUGUGUCUCAUGAAUGGAUCCCCAGGCUUUAUGAUCGUUGGGUCGAAGGUGAAGAUUUGGAGUCUGAUUUACUCAUCAGCAAAUUUACUUUGCCAGCUCUAUUCAAAUGUCGGGUGUGUCUUACAAAUAUAGAGCAACCAGAUAGAUUUCAACUUGAAAAUACUAUUUGUGAAAACGGAGGUACAUUUUGUCCUGAUUUAACUCGCGAUGUCACACAUUUAAUUGCUGGGAAUACUGCUGGUCGGAAGUAUGAAUAUGCUCUUCGGUGGAAGAUCAAGGUUGUCAGUGUUCAAUGGUUAUGGGAAUCUAUAUCAAGAGGUGCCGUCUUAGAACCAGAAUACUUUAAAAUGGAUAUGCCUCCGGAUCGCAUUGGACAUGGUGCUUAUAUAAAACUGGCUCCCGAGGAAAACAAUAAAAAUCCAAAGGCUCAUGAUGAGGAAUUAUUAUCUGACCUAACUUUCAUUAAUAAAAAGCAUAACCCCGAUGAGGGAGAGCUUGAACCAGUUGUUAUGAAACGUGGCAAGAAAAGGGAAAGUAGUAUUCUUUGGAGUGAAUUAAAUACAAGAGAUUUGGAAAAUUCAUUUGCUGCCCAAAAUGUAUCCUUACUGGAUGAAUUUACACCAGAAGUUUUUCAGGCACCCGAGGAGAAAGAAGUGUCUACAAAUAUUGAAAUAAAUACAGAACCUCGAUUAUUUGACAAAAUUCACUUCUUGCUAUACCAAUUUGAAGAAGAUAAAUACAAUCGCUUGAAGAAGUGUUUGAAUAGAGAAGGAGGGCAUAUUUCGUCGACCGUUGAAGAUACAACCAACUUUGUCAUUGUCCCUCAUCACCUACCAAUUGAAGAAAUUCCUUCUUUUUCGGUCCCAACGAUAACUGAAUGGUGGGUUGAAAGGUGCUUAUUCUAUAAAAAGGUACUCCCUGUUGAUGAGCAUGUACUAUCAAAACCGUUUUAUCAUACUUAUUUCAAUCAGGAUUUUGCAGGUUUAAGCCUUCAUCUUUCUGGAUUCAAAGGCGUGGACAGUUCUCACCUUAAAAAGGCAUUGAUCCUUUGUGGAGCGACUGUGGAUAACUUUUUGGGUGUACAAAGAAGCGUACUACUUGUAAAUACAAAUGAACCCUUUAGCAUGAAAACAAGAUAUAAAUUACAACAUGCCACUGGUUGGAAUGUUCGUGUGCUAGGAAUAUCAUGGCUAUGGUACAUUUACCAGACUGGCAAAUUUACUGAGAACGUAUCACCAUGGGCAAUUGAUAAAAAGGAAAAUCAGAAACUCAAAAGGUUUGAGCAUUUACGUAAGAUUGCUCUUCCAAAUGACAACUCCAUACUUAAAGAUGAUGCACCAUUUACUAUUUUCCCAAAUGCUCAGUCUACCCCUGCACCAGAUUUUAUUUUUGAGCAUUACAGAAAUUCGGCGAAACAACCACAAAGGUCUAAGACAACUUUUAAUGAUGGUGAUUCAAGUUCAAAAGAAUCUCCAACCAAACGGUUUCGAUCCAUAACAGAACCAACCACUGAUUCUAACACUCGUUUGAUGGCCGUUCAGAGCGAAGAAGAUACACUAAGUAAACCAGAACAAGAAAGUGUGUCCUACAUUGAUCCUGACGCACAAAGAGAAAAGCAAAAAAUAUAUGCUCAGCUGACGUCAAAUUUUAAUGAUUCUUUUCCAUUGAUUAAUGAGUUUUCUUCUCAGGAUAAUACCUCUAUCCUAAUAACUAAGGAAAAACGUAAUUUACGACCGAGGUAA